AGGGAGGAGUCUGCCGCCAGCCUGCAGUGAUAAAGCACGGCUGCUCCUGACGGUAGUGGAAAACAGAUUUGGAGGAGGAAGUCUCCGAGUGCCGUCUUCAACAGGAAUGAACUCUCUCUCAUGCAGUGUGCAUCUCAUACUCUGACUAGUGGACUGUCUGUUAUUCACGGGGAUACAUCUGCUUCGUCUCCUUUAAGCUGGUCUUUAAAGUGUUCCUUCACGUUUUCCUCCACUACUUUAAAUCAAACAGCUUUCUAAGAUGACCUGGACGGCGAACGGUUGUUUUGUCACUCUGGCCAUCCUGUUUCUGUGGCGAGGGGAAGACGUAGCAGAAGCCUGCAGCUGCUCCCCAGCGCAUCCUCAGGAGGCGUUCUGCAACUCAGACAUUGUUUUAAGGGGAAAGGUAGUUGGAAAGCAGGAGGUUGAUGCUGGCAAUGACGUCUAUGGAAACACCAUCAAGCGUAUCAAGUAUGACAUCAAACAAAUCAAGAUGUUCAAAGGUCCCAGCAAUGAUAUUGAUGCCAUCUACACCGCUCCCAUUUCUGCAGUGUGUGGAGUGACCCUGGAGAAUAAUGGCAAGGAGUAUCUUAUCACAGGCAAACUGAAGUCUGACGGGACGAUGCACAUCACACUGUGUGACUUCAUUAAGCCCUGGGAUGAACUGAGUGAAACCCAGAAGAAGAGCCUGACUGAGCGCUAUGAAAUGGGCUGUGGAUGCAAGAUCACCCGCUGCACCUCCAUCCCCUGCAUGAUCAGCAGCCCGGCGGAGUGUCUGUGGACGGACUGGCUGAUUAUGAAGACGGUCAACGGAGGGCAGGCCAAACACUUUGCUUGUAUCAAGAGGAGUGAUGACUCUUGUGCCUGGUACAGAGGGUCAGCACCACCCAAAAAGGAUUUCAUGGACAUCGAAGACCCUUAAUUCCCCCACUGACAAAUAGUGUGAGGAUGUCUGAGAUAAAAUUCAUCUUUAGUUGUUUUCUUCUUAAAAAGCCAUAGGGUGUGUUUUCUAUGGUAAGGUUGUUUAUUUUUAUUUACAGGACUUAUUCAUCUUAAAAAUGCAGCCCUUUCAGACACUUCUACCCCUAAAUGCAAAGCACUUCUUCAUAAUCCAUUUCUCUGUCAGCUGAAAUAAUAAGGAUAAGGAUUAGUCAUCACAAUUCAGUAUUAAUGUUCGUAGCAUUUGAGUUCUUUAGGAAUUUAUUUACUUUUUUUGGAAACAACGUUUUUGUUUUAAAGUGAACUAUAAUUCAAAACAUACAUACAUAAAUUCAAACUGUAACAAUUAUGUUAAUUAGUAUAUUCAUAGAUAACAUUAGCUGGCAAACGGCGUCCUGACUUGUGAGAGCAGAGCUACAUACAGGAAGGAGAGCCUUUGCCUGUCCUGGUUUAGGUUAUUUCUCAUGCGAAUGCAAAACUCUUUUCAUUUUUCUUUCUUUUUUUUGUUUUGUUUUGUUUAAAGUGUGGCAAAGCUUUUUAGAGCAAGUACAAUCAGUGUUUUAGCUAAAUGUUGUCUUUAAUUAUCCUGAAUAAAAAAGAAUGCACUGUAAAUCCAAUUGAUUAACAAAAUAAACAGUGAUAUUGUCUUUAAUGAAAAAAUGUCCAAAAAGAAGAUUGAAUCCUUUAUUUUUUUUAAUAUAACAGCUUUUCUCUGUGUAAUGCUUUAGCAUAUUUUAUUUAAAAAUGUUUUAUGAUUCAUCAUAAUAUGUUUGAAAAGACCCCGAUAUUUUGAUACUUUUUGUUACAAGUGACACCUUAAAGACGGGACCAAUAUUUUACCAGUAUUUGCAAGCAAAUGUUUUAAUGUGCAUUAAAAUUGUUUGCCUGAAUUUUAACUCUGGCUUGCUCAUCUUUUGGGACAUUGAGUUUAAAAAUAUACAAUCACAAAACAUCCAUUACUUGCAGCCUUUGUUAUGCGUAUUAAAGUGUUGAGCAAAUGUCAUAAUGUCAUAAAUGUAAAAAGAUUCUUGGUAACUGUAGUUAGUAUGAUGUCUUGUGCUGGUUUCACAUGAGACAUUUGAGAUGAUUUUUGCAUGCAUGUCCAGCUGAAACAAUGCUGUACGUCUUGACUAUUAUAUUAAAUGCCAAACCCUG